CUCGUUUGUCACGCGACCAUGGCAUCCGUGGCAGACAAGGGCACAAAGGCGGAUGCUGCUGUUCGAAAGCGACAGUCAUCGCCAGCAAGUCGAAAAGAUGUCUCCGGCUCACCCGCCGAAGCAAAGUCCUUGGCGGCAAGCACCAAAAAGGAGGCUCCAAAGAGAUCUAUGUUGGAUGUGGUCGAAGGUUUUCCCCCGCAACUCUGUGCGCUCGCCUUGGGUUCUGCGGGCCUCGCCCGGGCCUGGGUCCUGGGUGGUGCCGCCCCCGCCCUGCCGCAGCUGUGGUGCCUGGUCGCUGCCGGUUUUCUGGCCAUUUAUGGCAUGAAAGUGGCCUUGCGCUGGCACGCCUUCCUUCGCGAUGCCAGCGAGCCACCCACGCUGGCGGCGUUGAGUGGGGCGCCGGCGGCGAUUCAGGUCCUGGUUGUGCGGCUGAGGCACCAGAUGAUCUUGGACCUGCUGACCACGCAGUGUCUGAUUUUCGUGUGCCACGUCCUACUGCUGUGCACUGCAGUACGUUUCGCGCUGCUCAAUCGACGGAAGGGCCUCUUGCCAGACCCAUCCUGGUUUCCAGGUCUUUUGCUCUUCGGCAUGACCAACAUCUCAGCAUCGCUUGUUGGACCGGAGUGGCUCAAGGCCCUCUCGGUUCCCUGGUCAUUUUGGCUGACCAUCGUGAUCUACCUCCCUGUGAAGCUGAUUGUGAUCUAUCGUUUGUUUCUUUGGUCCCAACGGCGCAGUGUGACGCCCAACGCAGGGAUGGCGACCUUUAUGGCUCCGGCUUCAUUCUUUACCGUGGUUCAUCUGAGCAUCGGCAAACCCGGUGGGGACUUGGUUGGCCUAGCGAUCUUUGCAGAUAGUACAAUCUCCUUCUGGAUGACCUUGGUGCUCCUGUGGCUGAGGCGUUCUCUUUGGGCCACCAGCUUUCACCCCAGCUUCGUGUCCUUUACCUUUCCCCUGGCGUCCACUGCUACAGCAGCAUUGUUGGCUCAGGUGCACCUGCCCUCCGUAUCUUCGCCCAUGCUGGAGAUCUACGGCAAGGUACUGCUGUACGUCAGCACCAUGGUGAUCCUUGCGGUGCAACUGCGGUUCGUCUACUUCUUGGUGGAGUUGCGGCAGAAGCAGAAGUGACGGCAGGGAAAAAACGCCAAUGUCGUGAAGUUGAAGUCAAUGAAAACAA